ACCAUCUAGCUAGUAAAAUAGAAACUUUCUCAUUGCCUGUGAAAGCUAGCACGGUUGUUAUACUUAUAUUUGACUUCCUCUGACUGCUACGAAGGGUUCGAGACUGUCUACUUAUAUUUGUAAUACUCGCUACAAUUUAAUUGCAGUUUAAUAUAAUUAGUUAAAUAAACGGACAUUAAAAUGGCUACACUCGCUCGUAGCUUACGCCCCUAUCUGAGAUACGUUCGCGGUCGAAGAACUUAUGCUGAUGCUGCUCCUGGUAGCAGUAAUCAGAUGAAGUUCACCUUAGCUGGAGCUAAUCAGGUAUUUUAUGACCAAGUUGCGGUCAGACAAGUUGAUGUACCAUCCUUUUCUGGAUCCUUUGGUAUUUUACCAAAGCAUGUACCUACAUUAGCUGUAUUAAAACCUGGAGUAGUUACAGUAUAUGAAGAAAGCGGAACAACUAAGAAAGUAUUUGUUUCUUCUGGAACAGUCACUAUAAACGAAGACAGUAGUGUACAGAUUUUAGCAGAAGAAGCUCAUCCUGUAGAAGAUCUUGAUUCUGCAGCAGCUAGAGACCUUCUCAGUAAAGCUCAACAGCAACUUUCAUCUGCAUCUUCUGAGAAAGAUAAAGCUGAAGCAGCCAUUGCAAUUGAAGUUGCAGAAGCUCUGGUACAAGCUUCGCAAUAAACAUUACAUAAAAGUUCUGUAAAUGUAAAAAAUUUCUCUGUUAAACCUUAGGAGAUAUAUUCAACACACUUCUGUCACGGUAUUGUAUAAAAAUAUAGUAAUAAAAAUAUAUCACUAAGUA